ACGUAUGCACAGUAGGUUACCUCUUUCCAAUGCAGCAUGCGAAACGCAAGGCUCUAAGCGCGCCCGUCCUCACACGCUUCGCGCCGUCCCCGUGGCGAGCAGCAACGCCGCUCACGCCGUCGAGGCACCGCCGCACCGGUCGCAAGGUUCAGAGAGAAAGAGAGGGAGGGAGGGAGGGAGAAGCCGCCGGGCGGAGAGAUGUGGCCGUCGAAGUGGCUCCCGUUCCUGUACCCGCCGCCGGCGUCGGUGUACGUGGCGGCGAUGUCGGCGGUGUCGCUCGUGUCGCUGGCCAACGCGGGCCUCGCAGAGCUCCGCGGCAACCACAUGGCCUACUCCAAGUUCUGUCACGUCGUGGCCGCGGGCGCGACGGCGGGCGGCAAGCAGCGCCAGCGGGGUGGCGGCGGCGGCGGGGCGCUCCUGAAGAGCCGGGACGGUAUGCUGGUGGCGUACGCCCCCGCGCUCGCCGCCGCCGCGGCGUCCUUCGCCGUGCCCGGCGCCGUCAACGGCACGCGCGCGCAGAUCCUCAGCGCCGCGCUCGCCGUCCACUUCCUCAAACGCGUUCUCGAGGUGCUGUUCGUCCACCGGUACAGCGGGAGCAUGCCGCUCGACACGGCGGCGACCAUCAGCACCAGCUACCUGCUCAGCACGGUCACCAUGAUCUACGCGCAGCACCUCAGCCGCGGCCUCCCGGACCCUCCCGUCGACCUGCUCUACCCCGGCGUGGUCGUCUUCGCCGUCGGCAUCGCCGGCAACUUGUACCACCACUACCUCCUCUCAAGGCUUCGAGUCGACGGCGGCGAGAAGGGCUACAAGAUCCCCAGGGGCGGCCUGUUCGAGCUCGUUACCUGCCCGCACUACCUCUUCGAGAUCACCGGGUUCUUCGGGUUCGCCAUGAUCGGGCAGACGGUGUACGCGCUCGCCGUGGCCACCGGAACGGCUGCCUACCUCGCCGGCCGGAGCUGCGCCACCAGGAGAUGGUACGCGUCCAAAUUCGAGGAGUUCCCGGCGAGGAUCAAAGCGUUGGUGCCAUUUGUGUUGUAAAGUGAGCUAGGAGACUGCGUACUCUGUAUGGUUCCGUAUGUACGACAGAUUAUGGUGGUCAUUCAUUUGUUGCGGUCAGUGUAAAGUUUUUGGAGCUGACAGUCUAAACAUACAUGAAAAGAAUCAAGCAGAAAAACAAACCAGGUACCUGUACCUUAAGACUUAAGUUUUCUUUAGUCAGACACUCAGACUGACAGCGGCGAUGGGAAUUGGUCUAGGGUCUUGUUUUUUUUUCCCCGAAGGUCUUUGGGUUUCAAUUCAAUUCAGAAGAUGAUGCUA